AGUCCAGUCUAUGGUGCAAUGUGGUUAAUUUCGACUAUAUCGGCACUGAUUACUACCAAUAAUUGUGCUUAUUCAGCGAGUAAUUCUCGUCGAGAUGUAGAUCUUGGUACCUUUUUUCAGUUUCCUAAGACAUUCCAAAGUAACGAAACUGCCCCUUUUGUUAGGAGGUUAUAUGCAUAAAUAGCCGGAUCCUAGAUGCCCCAAACCGGUAUGAAAUCAGCAAAGAAGACUUUGCUACAAAGUUUCUUUGCGUUUGGCACUAAAUAACACCCACAAUAAUUUACACAUCAUUUAUUGUGACAGAGGUAGCUACAUUGCAGAACGUUCUUCCUUAUACAUGCAGGUAUAUUUAUUCAAGCAAGGUACGUGGUGCACCUUCAUCUUGCUUCCUCUGCUUGUGGUGAUGGGUGUCACCUGGGCCCUGCGGCGUGCCCCAGACAGUCACUGGAAGCUGGAUAUCGCGACCACCGUCACCACAGAAGUACUAGGGAAGUUUCCAGUGCCCGAGGUGGUGAGCUGCGUCAACUGCUCGUCGUCGGCGCCCACGGGCGGCCGCCUGGUGUGGCGCGCGGUGUCGAAUGCGGGCCACGAGGCGCUGCUGGAGUUCCCGGACCUGCUGAGGGACGCUUACGCCAUCUGGGCGCCCUGCCCGAGGCUCACCGUACUCGUCACCUCGGCCCCCGAGCGGAGGGCGCAGAGGGACGCCAUCCGGACAACCUGGGGGCGACCGGAUCGCCACUCCAACUGCAGCCACCGCGUCGUCUUCUUCACGAGCGCGCAGUCUCGUACGAAGCAAUACAGCGACCUCAGGGUGUGUAGCAUCAUCAUCACCACCACCACCACCAUCAUCAUCGUAUCUUUGUCGGCUGGACGAAUGCCUCUCGCAGCGAUCUCCAAUUACCUUUGUCUUGCGCCAGCUGACGCCGCCUGCCAAAUUCCAUAUUUCAUCGCCACCUAAUUCUCUUCCGCCCUUGACUACGCUUUCCUUCUCUUGGCACCCAUUCUCAUAUCUCUUAAUACACGAGCUGUUAUCUGUCCAACACAUUACAUGGCCACCCGGCUCCCUUUAUUCUCAUUAUCGACAACUGUAGCAUCGGCUUCCCCGGUUCGCUCUCUAAUGCACACCGCUGUCUUCCUGCCCCUGUCGUAUAUACUCGCGGUCAGCGUUCUGCGGCAAUGAAGGGAUAUACACGGAAGUAAAGCGCGCACAACUAAGAGCGCCCCUGAAAAAAAAGGAAAAUCUCCCGUCUUUAUCCGCGUUAGCUUAAGCUGGCGAAGAAAUGACAUAAACAUCCUAUUUACAACAGCAAAAUAAGAGAAAAAUGCACCACUGAGUGUUGAAUUCGACUUAUUUUUCUGCUAUACCAUUGGCGGCGUUUGA